CAUGAACAAUAUAAAAAAAUGGGACAGAAGAAGUAAUUAGUGCUACGGGAACGCAAUUGAUUUUUCGUUCUCUCAGUUCUCGGCACUUCGCAAAAUCUAUGGAGGGGCUCGGCCGCAGCGUGUGGAUGAGGCGGCUGUGGUCCAACCAUCUCUUUCUCCUCCCCAACAAACUCUCUCCGUCAACCGCUCUCAAUUCCUCGCCCACGAUCCCACCUCAACCGCCGCCGCGGGGCCUCGGUUUUCCCGCCUCCUCCAACCGCCGCUGCUGCCGCUCGAUUUCCUCCGCCGCUCACUCUUCCGCCCCUGCCGUUAAGAAUGGGAUCGUGAAUCGGGGAGCAAAGAAGGUGUUACUCAAAGGAAUGAGAUACGGUGAAUUUGAAGAAUGGGUUCAAUCACUAGGAUUCAGGCCUGGCCAAGCCCUAAUGUUAUGGAAACGCCUUUAUGGCAAUGAUAUUUGGGCACAUUGUAUCGAUGAACUGGAAGGUUUGAACAAGGAUUUCAUGAAAAUGUUGAGUGAUCGUGCUGAAUUCAGGGCAUUGGUUGUGAAAGACAUUGUCACCGCAUCUGAUGGCACCAGAAAGAUUUUGUUCACUUUGGAAGAUGGACUGGUAAUAGAAACAGUUGUAAUACCUUGUGAUAGGGGCCGGACUACUGUUUGUGUUUCGAGCCAAGUGGGCUGUGGCAUGAAUUGUCAGUUCUGCUACACUGGCAGGAUGGGCUUAAAGAGAAAUUUAACUGCUGCUGAGAUAGUAGAGCAGGCUGUAUUUGCACGGCGGCUGUUCUCAAAUGAAGUUGGCUCCAUUACAAAUGUUGUGUUCAUGGGGAUGGGAGAACCGCUUCAUAACAUUGACAAUGUCUUAAAGGCCACCGACAUAAUGGUGCAUGAGCAAGGCCUCCAUUUCAGUCCUCGCAGGGUUACUGUUUCUACCAGUGGACUUGUUCCCCAGCUGAAACGUUUCCUUCAUGAGUCUAAUUGUUCUUUGGCAGUUAGCUUGAAUGCAACGAAUGAUGAGGUUAGAAACUGGAUCAUGCCAGUUAACCGGAAGUAUAAUCUGGCUUUGCUGCUUGGGACCCUUCGGCAGGAACUUCGUUCUAAACGUAAUUACGGGGUUCUAUUUGAAUAUGUAAUGCUUGCAGGCAUUAAUGACAGUAUAGAGGAUGCAAAGAAGUUGAUCGAUCUUGUCCAGGACAUUCCAUGCAAGAUCAACCUUAUAUCAUUCAACCCUCAUUCCGGUUCCCUUUUCAGACCGACCUCCGACGAGAAAAUGAUUGAGUUUAGGAAUACUCUGGCUGCGGCCGGUUGCGUUGUUUUCAUGCGACUCAGUAGAGGUGACGAUCAGAUGGCCGCCUGCGGUCAGCUUGGCAAACCUGGUGAGAUCCAACUCUCAUUGAAGUUCAUUGAUACUGAACAGUUCCAAAGACUUCGUGAUCUAAAGCAACUUGGUGUAACAUACAUGGUUUACCCAGGGGGUGUACACUCUCGGUUUGAGCAUUCACUCGGGGUAUAUUGGCUGGCUGGUGAAGCUAUUCAUAGGAUCAAAAACUUUCAAGGCGCGGAGCUUGGCAUCGAUCGUUUUGAUAUACAGACAGUAAAGCUUGCUGGAUUACUGCAUGACGUGGGGCAUGGACCAUUUAGCCACGUAUUUGAGCGCGAGUUUCUUCCCCGGGUUCUCAAUGGUUACCAAUGGUCCCAUGAGGACAUGUCCCUGAAGAUGAUUGACCACAUCGUUGAUGAGCACAGCAUCGAUAUUGACCAUGAGAGUUGUAAAAAAGUGAAGGAAAUGAUAGUUGCUAGCUCUCAAAAUGCUCCGUCAAAAAGUUUGAAAGAGAAGCUUUUCUUGUAUGAUAUUGUUGCAAAUGGUCGAAAUGGAAUAGAUGUAGACAAAUUUGAUUACAUUGCUCGUGACUCUCGCGCCUGUGGACUACCAUGCAGGUUUCAGUUUCGGAGGCUUUUGGAAAACAUGCGAGUUAUAGACGAUGAAAUCUGUUAUCGUGCUAAGGAAUGCUUUACAGUCCACGAGUUAUUCUCCUCUCGUGCUUAUUUGCAUCGAAUGGUCUACACGCAUUCCAAAGUAAAGGCAAUAGAACUCAUGAUUGUAGAUGCGCUCUGCAAAGCAAAUAAUUUUCUUCAAAUUGCAUCCAGUAUUCAGGAUCCAUCUUUAUACUGGAAGUUAGAUGACACGAUAAUAAAAACCAUUGAAACUCAUGCAAGCCCAGAGCUUAAGGAAUCAAAAGAUCUGAUCCAAAAGAUUCGAAGAAGGGAUCUGUACCAGUUCUGCAAUGAGUUUGCUGUUCCCAAGGAAAUCCUGGAGCACUUCAAAAAUGUUACUCCCCAAGAUAUCAUUUGUUCUCAGAAAAGUUGUGGUGUUACGCUAAAAGAAGAAGAUAUUGUUGUGACCAAUGUCAAAAUUGACAUGACGCGGGGAACGAGUAAUCCUCUUGACAGGGUCAACUUUUUCCAGGAUUAUGAGACUGACGGUAAAUUCACCAUAGAGGACAAGCGCGUUAGUCACCUGCUGCCUGCGUGUCAUCAAGAUGUGAUAGUGAGGGUGUACUCUAAAAAGCCUGCAUUGGUUGCAGCAGUUUCUGAUGCCUUCGACAAUUUUCAAGAGAGAACAUAUGGGCAGAAAACUCAAGUGCAUGCAACUCCUGAAAAGAAGAAACGCAGAUGCUAAUUGCUUCAAUCAUCUGUCUGGCCUUGUCUCGCCUUCAGUUGGAAAAUGUACAUUUUCGUAUACGCGUGACGUUAAGAAACUAAAUUUGGCGUGAGCAUACGUGUAAAGAAGUAAAGAACUCUCUCUCUCUCUGAUAGUUGUGUUUCAUUUCUUCUUGGUAUGCUGGUGUACAGUCUGUAAUGAGAGUGAUAUCCACAGUGCCUUUGAUUGAUGAGAUUUGUACUACAACUUGUGAUACUCAAAGUUCAUCAAAAUCAUGAACAUUCAGAUAUGAUAGUGGCCUUUGAAGAUCA